AGAGCCCACACUAACAGAGAACCCACUCUCCUCUGAGUCUUAGGACCAAGUGACAUCUGACCAUGAGUUCCCACCAGCAGAAGCAGCCCUGCACUGUACCCCCUCAGCUGCACCAGCAGCAGGUGAAACAGCCUUGCCAGCCACCACCACAGGAACCCUGCGGUCCCAAAACCAAGGAGCCCUGCAACCCCAAUGUUCCCGAGCCCUGUCAGCCUAAGGUGCCUGAGCCUUGCCAGCCUAAGGUGCCUGAGCCCUGCCAGCCCAAGGUGCCUGAGCCCUGCCAGCCUAAGGCACCUGAGCCUUGCCAACCUAAGGCACCUGAGCCUUGCCAACCUAAGGCACCUGAGCCCUGCCAUCCAGUUGUUCCUGAGCCCUGCCAGCCUAAGGCACCUGAGCCCUGCCACCCAGUUGUUCCUGAGCCCUGUCCCUCAACUGUCACUCCAUCACCAUACCAGCAGAAGACAAAGCAGAAGUAAUGUCCCCAGCUGUGCCUUGAAGACCUGAUAACCAGAUGCUGAGGCCCCUUUGCAUUCCACCUAUGAGUCCCAUUGUCCUGUGCUCCACGUACUGUGACCUUCACAGUCUUAAUCCUUCCUUCUUUGCACCAUCUAAAAAGAUGUCAUACUUAUUCUUGAGAGUUCCCGAGCUUCUCAUCAUGGCCCAAAGUCUUACUGAGUGGCUAACCUUCCUAUAGCUCAGGAUUCAUCUGAAGGGGAAUGGAGAGUGACAUAAGUGAAUUUUCAA